AUGGCGGACAAGCCGAACAAGCUGGCGUUCCUGUCGAUGCAGGCGCCUGCCGGCUACGUUGCUGGUCUGGGUCGUGGCGCCUCGGGCUUCACCACGCGAGCCGACAUUGGUCCCGCACGUUUGCCUGCCGCACCCACCACCGGCGGUCCAUCCGCACCGAAAGGCGACGACGACGCCGACGACGGCGCAGCAGACGAUGACGGUGGCGACGACGACGAAGGCCGCUUCCAGGACCCCGAGAACGAGACGGGGCUGUUCGCAGGCGCCGUGUACGAGAAGGACGACGAGGAGGCCGACCGCAUCUGGGAAGCCGUCGACGCAAAGAUGGACCAGCGCAGGCGCAAGUUCCGCGACGCACGGGAUCGCGAGGAGCGCGAACGUGCGCGUGCCGACAAGCCCCAGGUGCAGGCGCAAUUCGCCGAUCUCAAGCGCGGGCUCAGCAGCGUCACCGAGGACGAGUGGGCUGCGCUGGCUGAUCCGGGCAGCGCGACGGGCAAGCGGCGCAAGGCAGCUGCUAAGCGCGAGGCGCGCAAUACGCGCUCGUUCGCCAUCUCGGACACCAUCCUCGUGGCCAAUCGCGACCGCAAUGCCGUCGAGUCGGCGCUCACGCAGGACCAGAUGAACACCGCCGACGGCAUCGCCUCGCUCGCCGAGAUCGGCGAGGCGCGCAACAAGAUCUUCAGCCACCAGCUCGAUCAGGCCUCUUCCUCGUCCAGCAGCGCGCUGUCGGGCACGGCGACAUCGAUCGAUCCAAAGGGCUACCUCACCGAGCUCUCGUCGAGCGUGAUCAAGACCGACGCCGAGAUCGGCGACAUCGCCAAGGCUCGCACGCUGCUCGACUCGGUCAUCAAGACCAACCCACGCCACGCGCCCGGCUGGAUCGCUGCGGCGCGUGUCGAGGAAGUCGCGGGCAAGAUGUCGAGCGCACGCAAGAUCAUCAGCCAGGGCUGUGAGCAUUGCCCGCGCUCCGAGGAUAUCUGGCUCGAAGCCGCACGCCUCAACACCACCGACAAUGCCAAGGUCAUCCUGGCGCGCUCCAUCCAGCACGUCUCGACCUCGGUCAACAUCUGGCUCAAGGCGGUCGAGCUCGAGUCGGAUCCAGAGAGCAAGAAGCGCGUGCUGCGCAAGUCGCUCGAAUACAUCCCGCACAGCGUCAAGCUCUGGAAGGAGCUCGUGAAUCUCGAGGAGAAUCCGGAGGAUGCACGCAUCCUGCUCAGCGGGGCGGUGGCCGCGGUGCCGAUGAGCAUCGAGCUGUGGCUGGCGCUGGCGCGGUUGUCGCCGCCAAACGAUGCGAAGAAGGUGCUCAACGAGGCGCGCAAGACGAUCCCCACGUCGCACGAGAUCUGGAUCGCUGCAGCGCGCCUGCUCGAGGAGACCGAGGGCGACGAGGGUAAGGUGGACAAGACGGUGGCUGCGGCGGUCAAGGCGCUCAAGAAGGCGGGGGUGCAGCUGUCGCGCGAGCAGUGGUUCCAGGAGGCCGAAAGCGUCGAGAACGACGGCAGCCCACUCACGUGUGCGGCGAUCGUCAAGGCGACCAUCGAGCUGGACCUGGACGAGCAGGAUCGUCGUGCGGUGUGGGUGGAAGAGGCGCAAUCGGCACUCGAGCGCGGGUGCGUCCAAGUGGCACGCAGCAUUCUGGCGUAUACGCUGCGCGAGUUUCCCGACCGGCCUGCCAUCUGGCUCAGUGCCGUUGCACUCGAGCAGGCCCACGGCACACGCGAUGCAGUCGAGGCGCUGUUGGAACGCGCGGUGGCGAGUUGUGCGCAAGCCGAGGAGUUGUGGCUGCUAUAUGCGCGCGAAAAGUCGACGGCGGGAGAUAUCCCCGGCGCGAGGGGGGUGCUCAUCCGUGCAUUCGACGCCAACAUUGGUUCGGAACGCAUCUCGCUCGCUGCAGCCCAGCUCGAGGCGGAUAGCGGCCAGCUGGUCGCCGCGGGUAAGCUGCUCGAGCGCGCUCGCAGCGAGGUGGGUACGGCGCGCGUGUGGAUGAAAAGCGCCCUGCUCGAGCGCGAUUUCGGCUCGCCCCAACGUGCGCUGGAGUUGGUGGAUGCUGCAGUGGCCAAGUUUCCCAAACACGAUAAGCUGUACAUGAUGGGCGGCCAACUCAAGCGUACCGUGGCUACGGAUGCUGCGCAAGGCAUUCGUGAUGCGCGCGAGUACUACGCACGUGGCGUACGCAACUGUCCCACCUCCAUCCCGCUCUGGAUUCUGGCGAGUCGGUUGGAGGAGGAAGCGGGGUUGGUGAUCCGCGCGCGCGCACUGCUCGAAAAGGCACGUAUGCAUGCCCCCUCGGCCGCGAUCUGGUCCGAAUCCAUCGCCGUCGAACACCGUGCCGGCUCCAAUUCCCAAGCCCGCACCCUCCUCUCCCGUGCCCUCCAAGAUCUCCCUUCCUCUGGACAGCUCUGGGCGCUAGCGGUUGCAUUUGAACCUCGCACCGGUCGCAAAACAAAGAUGGCCGAUGCAUUGAAAAAGACCGCCGACGAUUCGCGGGUACUCACCGUCGUAGCCCAACAGUUCGCGCUGGAAAGCAAGAUCCCCCAGGCAAGAAAGUGGUUCCACCGCGCAGUAGCUGCCGACCCAGACAACGCAGACGCCUGGGCUGCCUGGUACCGCUUCGAAUCGCAACAAGCCAACCAGGACCAAAUCUCCCAACUCCUAGACGCAUUCCUAAAGGCCAACCCCCGCCACGGCACAACCUGGCAACCCAUCGCCAAGGAUCCAGCCAACAAAAGCCUCUCCAAACACGACCUCCUGCGCAAAGCUGCCGCCCAAAUCACUCCGCUCUCCUAA